AUGUGGCAAGGUCCAUGCGAGGAAGUCCUAGGCAGAAGAAAGAAUCAGCACAAGGAGUGGAUCUCUGGUGAUACCAUGAGGAAAGUGGAGGAGAGGAAGGAAAAGAAAGCAGUGCUGAAUACAAGCAGGACAAGAUCAGCAAAGACAGAAGCUCAAGAGGAUUACACAGCCACAGAUAAAGAAGUUAAGAAAAGCAUCAGGGGAGAUAAAAGGGAUUACAUCGACAACCUGGCCAAACAAGCUGAAGAAGCUGCGGGACAAGUAAAUUUGAAAGAACUGUAUAUGAUCACAAAGAAGCUCUCCAACAAGUUCCAGCAAACAGACAAGCCAGUGAAGGACAAGAACAGGAAAACUCUCACAACAACAGACGAACAAUUGAAGAAAAGGGUAGAACACUUCAGAGAGCUAUUAAAUAGACCAGCACCAGAAACACCCCCAGACAUACAACCAGCCAAUAUAGACCGAUCAAUUGCGAUAAGCCAACAAAGACGGAGAUCAGGAGAGCAAUUAAUAAACUUAAAAAUGGAAAAGCGACAGGGCCUGAUGAGAUACCAGCAGAAGCCAUCAAAGCUGAUACAGAGACAACCAUUAACAUCUUAUACAACCUCUUCAACAAGAUCUGGGAAGAAGAGAACAUCCCGGAAGAAUAGCCAGUCUGCGCAUCAUUAUAGAACAAUCACUGGAGUGGAAGUCCCCCUCUAUGUCAACUUCAUCGACUAUGAGAAAGCAUUCGACAGCGUGGACCGAGAAACAUUGUGGAAGAUACUGAGGCACUAUGGAGUACCAGAGAAGCUAGUCUCCCUGAUUCCAAAGACCUACCAAGGCAUGAUAUGCAGGGUUGCCCAUGCUGGCCAGAUGUCUGAUAGUUUCGAGGUCAAGACAGGAUUUCGACAAGGAUGCUUGCUGUCACCAUUUCUUUUUCUCUUGGUCAUUGAUUGGAUCAUGAGGACUACGACAUCUGGCAGGAACAAUGGUAUACAGUGGACACUCCUGAUGCAACUCGACGAUCUUGAUUUUGCAGAUAACCUGGCUCUCCUUUCACACAACCAAAGCCAGAUGCAGGAUAAAACAACUCGCCUUGCAACAACAUCCGCAGGAACAGGCCUCAAAAUCAACUUGAAGAAAACAGAAUUGAUGAAGAUAAACACCACUGUCCAAGCAUCAGUCACAGUUGGUGGUGAGCCCAUCAAAGAAGUUGAGUCCUUCAUCUACCUGGGGAGUGUGGUGGACAGACAGGGUGGCACAGACCGCGACAUCAAGUCAAGAAUUGGCAAGGCAAGAACUGCAUUUACCAUGUUAAAGAACAUCUGGGCCUCAAAGAUCAUCCCUAUUACCACUAAACUGCGGAUCCUCAACUCAAGUGUAAAGUCCAUCCUAUUGUAUGGAGCAGAGACAUGGAGGAUGACUAAAGCUACCCUGCAGAAGAUCCAGACAUUUUAUAACACCUGUCUCAGGCGCAUAUUCAACAUCCGAUGGCCUGAAAGGAUCUCCAAUGAAGAACUAUGGAAAAGAGCAGGACAGGAACCAAUGGACAUACAAAUAAAAAAAGAGGAAGUGGGGCUGGAUUGGACACUUUAA